AUGGAUGCCCCGGCACCGAGCUUGCACCGGGCUCCUCGUGAAGUUAUCCACAUCUCUGACAGUGAGGAUGAAGCUCUCGUAAACAGUGCAUUUCCUCGAGACUCUGUCAUUCCCUUGACUCACUCAUUCCUCCACCCUGCCUCAAAUCACACUGUGCCCGAGAGUGGUGGUGAUGAUGAUGAUGAUGAUGAGGACACUGACAUAGUACUUUCGCAUGCGCGCAGACGAUUUCGCGUCGCUGUUUCUGAUUCUCUAUACCCCAACAAACCCAUCACCCCAAGCCCGAGUCCUAGAACCAAGUCUCAAAUCCGACGCAUUCGCUUAGAAAGACUAUCCCGCAGUCGUUCUGUUCAGAGCUAUAAUGAUGAUCCUCAUGCCCAAAAGGAGAACCAUGCCUAUCAUAUCGAGGAAAACAGUUUAUCUAGCUCAGACGACUUCGUCGUGGAUGACGAUGACUAUGACUCUGAUCACGACUUGUCAGAUGUAGAGGAGCCUGCUCAUGCACACCGCGAGACGUCUCACCGCCGUACUGGAGCUCAGGAGAUUGAUAAGGAAACGGAUGACGAAGACGAUCUUGAAUCUGACAAUAGACUUGAAGAACGCCGCAGUGAGCCCCAGAUCGAUGGGUCCCGCGUCCGUUCAACUGGUUCUAUGGUGCCCAGAGCGGGUACGGAGCAUCGUCAACAAUUCCAGCACCGUCUGGCCGAGAUCGAAAAUCAACAAGAUCUUCAUAAGCUGUAUCCCGUCAGUUUGCAACGCGUUCUAGACUCGAACAGCUCCCAGCUUGCCGGACCUAUUGGUGAAGCUCCCGCCUUGGUCCAGCUUAUCCCUCUACCAAGCCUUCUGGGCAAGACUACUCUUAACUUUGACCUUGAGCUUCGAGACUUCUCUUUGUAUCAAGAAGUCCAGCAAGGUGGUAAGGGGUUUGGAGGUCAGCUUGUCUCUCCUUACACUGCUAUCUUAAAGUCAGUUGACUGUGUCAUUGACGGAACACUUCAAAACAAGUAUGCAUACCGCAAAGUGGAAAGCAUGACUUGUUUGCAGCUGAUCGUUGAGAAGCUGGACGACCCGAGUGUCGCCACCACUAAAGAGCACAUCUUCUUGCAGACUCAAGAAGGGGCGAGCCAAAAAGUGCGCUACCGCCUAACAGUCCCUGCACUGGUCUAUCAUGAGCACUGGGAAAACUUCACCUGGAUCUUGGAUCUAACCAAAUACGUCGUUCACUUCUUGUGUGCAGCAUCUGAGCAAGGUCGACGCGCCACAUUACACGAUUUUCGGAACGAGUUUUGGAUAUUUGUCAGAAACUACUACUCGGAGCCUGAAUCUGACCAUGUGGUCCACUGGCAUUGUGCUUGUGGACUCACUACCGACUUCCGAAAGCAUAUCCUUCGGUAUGGCGAAUUCUUGCGUGCAAAAGCGAUCGACCUCAUGAACAACAGAAGACUUGAUGACUUGUUUCUGCACGACGUCUGGGAUGAUAUUGGUUGGCCCCUCUCAAGGAACCGAAAACUUAGCAGAACCGAGAAAACCGUGGUCACGCCUGAGGUCGCUUCAGCCUUCCUCCAGAGCUUUCCACUAUGGGGUCCAGACGGUCAUGAUAUCCUUGAGACUGUUGACAUGAAUCCGGCUGUGGUUGAGGCUGAUCGACGCCGUCAGACAUUUCUGAGUCUCCCCAACAAGUUCGAGGCUCAAGACCAGAACUUUAGAACUAUUGAUGGCAAGCGUAUCUCACGUGUCGCCUUAGCCCUGGAGAGCGCUGCGCUCAAUCCGCUCUACCCACAGUUUAGCUCUCAUGAGGUCCUUGGCAGAGCGGUUGUUGUUCGGCAGGGCGAUAGCUACCGAUUUGCUUAUGCUCGGGGUAUAACUGGUGUUGACAAGGUCGAGAUAGUGUGGCUGCUGCUGCCUUCCGAAGCGUCUUGUGGUACUCAGGAGGAUGCCUUUUACCCGGUUGGCAACGAGCUGUUCUUCUCUAGUGAGUGCAGCUGCCGCCCUGUCUCGGUCCAUAAGAUCGUGGCUUGUUACGAGGUCGAUACCUUCGCAGAGCGGUCAUUAUCUCCGGACGGCUUCUUUAUCCACGGGCUCUACCGUUCCGACUCACAGGAGCAUGCGACUGCAGACGCAGCUGAGAUACUGAGCGGUUGCAUCCAGCAUCAGGCCGAGCAGGCACCUCCAGCCGUACUGCCAGCGCCCGAGCAAGUGUCAAAGCUUAAGGUGCUGAGCUUAUUCUCUGGCGCUGGUCUGUUGGAUCACUCAAUAGCCUCGACCGGGUAUUUCACGCCCACGUUCGCUAUUGAUCUGGAUAAGGCUGCACAUCUUUCAUACAAGGCAAACACAGAGUCAAACUGCCGUCACAUUCACGGCUCGACUAACGGCUAUCUUCGGGAUGUUCUUACGGGCUGUGAGACACUCAUGAACCCUGAUCUUCUUGUUGCUGGCUUUGCAUGCAAAGGGUACUCCAAGCUCAAUGCUCACAAGUCUAACGUCAGCGCUCACCGCAAUUGCUCUCUGCUAGCCAACACCCUCUCUUUGGUCUCUAUCCUACGGCCAAAAUACGUCCUCAUUGAAAAUGUGCCUGACAUGGACUCUGCCAACCUGCAGGCGCGUAAAGCCAAUGCUUGUUCCCAAGCGAUCUGUUCUCUGGUGGCAAUGGGAUAUCAGGUGUAUAAGACACUGGUGUGUGGAAGCGAGAUUGAUGCCAUCUCCAAGCGCAAACGCCUCUUCAUUGUUGCUGCAGCUCCAGGACUCAAACUGCCUCGAAAUCCCGUUGAAUACUCCACCAACGAGCAAACGAACGUGUACGAGGUAAUUCAAGACCUUGACCUCGGCAAAGCAGACGUGACGAACGAUACAGUACUGAACGUGGAGCGCCCCGACCACAUUCCUUUUGAGCGCCUGCCUGUCGACUUCGAUUUCAGGGUGGCCCUGCGUGAUAUCGUGCGCCGCGUGCCCAUUGACGGUGACCGUCGCGAUCUGUACGCAGCAUACACGGGUGGUCACCUCUCGCGUCUCCAAAAUCGCUGGUUCGAAGCUCAAACAGAGGAGAAACAGAAGAGUGGAAGCAAAGCUUUGAAGAGAUUGCCCGCGGACGGCCUCUUCCCGACCAUUACAUCCGUGAUAGUGCCGAUAAACUCGCGCGGCAUGGCUUGUCUCCAUCCUUUUCAGCAUCGAGUACUCACCGUCGAGGAAUUGCGCCGCGGGCAGGGGCUGCCAGACGACUUUCUGCUGGUCGGGACGAUCCGGGAAGUUAUUGAACAAAUCGGCAACGGUGUUGUCUGGCAAGUCGGAGAAGUCUGGGGCCGGAGUAUCGCGGACGCCGCGUGGGCUAGCGGCUUGUUAGAGAAGAAGGACGGUGGUGAUGUAGAGGGCAAGGACGACGGUAACAACAAGCAUGGCAACGAUGAUUCAAACCCCCAGGAAAGUCCUACCGAGGGUCCAGGUAACGAGCAGGAGCUGAGGAAGCGCGAGAGAUCGGAGAGCGUAGCCUUCGUCGAGGAGCGCCCCGCAAAAUGCUCAAGAGUUGAAUAG